AUGUCAGGCAACACGCUGAGAGGCACGCCCAAUCGCGGCCAGAGCCGCCCAGGCAUUCCCUUUGCCAACAGCCCGGGUCCCGGUUCCUCGUCCAGUAUCCCCCGCCCCGUACUGGAAACCCACCCAUCUACCACUGCCAGCGACUCUGGUGCUGCCCCUGCUGGUGGUGCCGCCGGUGCCGCCUCUGCUGUCAGCGCGAGUCGACAGAAGCAGAUCAAGAGAGAUGAUGUACGUUUUGGCUUUCCCCCUCUUCUUUACUCCCCUAUCCGCCUUGACAUGAUGGAUACUGACUUUUACAUCAAGGCCAUCCGUCGCAAGAUGGAGAGCGACCUCUCCAAGAAGAAGCACCUCAGCGGCCGCGCCCGCCAUACCCGAAAGGCGCCUCCCGGCACCGUCCUCGCCCUUAAACCGAGUCCCGCCCUGCAGAUUAAGCCUGGUACGACCGUCGCCGAGGCAGCCCAGCUCAUGGCGGCUAAGCGCGAGGACUGUGUUCUCGUCACCGACGACGACGACAGAAUCUCGGGUAUCUUCACUGCCAAGGAUCUGGCCUUCCGCGUUGUAGGCGCCGGCAUGAAGCCAACCCACAUCACGAUCGCCGAUAUCAUGACCAAGAACCCUCUCUGCGCCCGUACCGACACGAGCGCCACCGAUGCUCUCGAUCUCAUGGUGCGCAAGGGUUUCCGCCAUUUGCCCGUCAUGGACGAGAACCAGGAUAUUUCCGGUAUCCUCGACAUUACAAAGUGCUUCUACGACGCCAUGGAGAAGCUCGAGCGCGCCUAUUCCUCCUCGAGACGCCUCUACGAUGCCCUUGAGGGUGUCCAGUCCGAGCUUGGCUCCAGUCAGCCCCAGCAGAUCAUUCAGUACGUCGAGGCGCUGCGCUCCAAGAUGUCUGGCCCGACCCUCGAGUCCGUCCUCAACGGCACCCCGCCCACGACUGUCAGCGUCAGGACCUCCGUUCGCGAGGCUGCCCAGCUGAUGAAGGAGAACCGCACAACCGCUGUCCUGGUGCAGGACCAGGGGGCCAUCACCGGCAUUUUCACGAGCAAGGAUGUCGUGCUGCGUGUCAUCGCCGUCGGCCUCGACCCCGCCACCUGCAGCGUCGUUCGCGUCAUGACGCCUCACCCCGAUUUCGCGUCCAUGGACAUGAGCAUCCAGGCCGCCCUGCGCAAGAUGCAUGACGGACACUACCUCAACCUCCCCGUCAUGAACGACGGCGGCGAGAUCGUGGGCAUGGUCGACGUGCUCAAGCUCACCUACGCAACACUCGAGCAGAUCAACACCAUGGCGACCGGAGACAACGAGGGUCCUGCCUGGAACAAGUUCUGGCUGUCGCUUGAUAACGAGUCCGAGUCGAUGGUCUCGGGCGAGGGCAGCCACCACCACACAAACCUCGGCUCCCGCAUCAUGUCACCCGAUCACACGCGCGAGCGCAUCGGCGACAGCGUCGCACCUGGUGACUCGGCCUCGCACGUGGGCGUCGAGUCCCCCCCGCACUCGGAGUUUAUUCCCGCCGACAUCAUCGCGCCGCAGUCGCCCGCCGAGCUGCCCUUCCCCUUCAAGUUCAAGGCGCCCUCGGGCCGUGUUCACAGGCUGCAGGUCAUCGCAUCGCAGGGCGUGGCCGCCAUGGUCGCCAAUGUCGUUGCCAAGCUCGGUGCCGAAGCUGAAGCCAUCGGUGGCGCCCCGACGACCGACGACGAUGGCAAGAUCAGCGGCGGUUUCGCGCUCAGCUACCUCGAUGACGAAGGUGACUCGGUGUCGAUUACUACCGACAAUGACCUCCUCGAAUCCAUCCUCCUGGCACGCCAGGGCCACCGCGAAAAGGUCGACCUCUUUGUUCACGACCCGGAGAAGCCUCCUGUCGCCGUGGCACCGACGCCUGUGGAGCCCGUCAUCCCCACGCCCGCCACCUCCACGGCCUCUGGACUUCGCGAGCGAAGGAAAGCCCACGAUGACGAGGACGACGAGGAUGAGGAGGAGGAAGAUGAGUCUCCCAGCCGCCGCUCCCGUCGUUCCCGCCACGCUGCGCCCCAGCAGGAGCAGCUCAUCCAGGGUGUGCCCAACGAUCUACUGCUUCCUGGUGCUAUUGUAACGCUCGCUGUCGUUAUUGUUGGUGUCUUCACCAUCUCCAGGAUCACCAGCAGAUAG